UCUCUGUUUUUUGUUUUGUUUUGUUCGAAACUGGCAUUUGAAAUGAAAUAAUCGAUAAGAUCGCAAUCAUGCCAAACAACCAACAAAAUAAUGAUGAUGCCUUUCUUGCCAAUUGUUUGCGAUUAAUAUUUCGAUUGCGAGUGGAUCGGGUAAAAAUUUCUUGGAAUCCAUUUGUUGCCAUGAAUUCAAAUAGAUCAUCCAACGACGAUAAUGUUGCGGAUGAAUUUUAUUUGCGUCCGACAUUUUUAUCAUCAUCAUCCAGUGAGGAUGAUGGUCAUGAUCCGCGAGAGAAUCCAUCGACCAUAAUGACCGAUCAAAUAGAAACGAUUCAAUGCGAAUGCGCAAAUCGAAAACAUUUCGAUAUAGAUUUUCAUCGGCAAGAAAUCCGUAUACGAUCAGCAAUCCAUUAUGAUCAUCCUCAAUCGAUGAAUACCGUUCGCUUUGAUAAUCGGCGACGAAUUUGUCGUUUGACUUUGAUUCAUUCAAAUCGUCAACGACCACGAUCGCAACAACGAUCAUCAAUGUUAUUGUUGCAGAAAAUUCUAACAACCCUGGCAACAAAAGAGAACAAUUCGAAUGAAAUGAUUAUUGGUUUUGUCGAUCUGGAUUUAGCUGAAAUGUUUUGCCAUGAUCAUUGUCACAAACAAACAAGAACUAUAUCAAUGAUGAUGACAGAUUUACAUCGUAAAUUCAUUCAUUUAGAUAGCCAACAUUUUUGCUUCGAAUUAUCGCUUACUAUCGAUUGUCAACCUGUCAAACAAUCAUUUCGUCAUUAUGUCGGGUUGAAACGAUUCAAUUCAUUGCAGUUUGGCAAUCAUCAUCACCAUUGUAAUCGUCGAUCAUCGACCACGCAGACCGAUGAUAUUAUUUCGGAUCAAUUACGACGAAACUUGUCUAAACAAAUGGAUUUUUCACCAGCUAACCAACGAAAACAUUCACUUUUGUUUUUCGAUCAACCACCAACAAACAAGGAUGAUCAUCGUGAACUAACCACAAUGAUGACAUGGUGGUUCACCAUCACCAAUCCACUCAACAACAAACAUCCAUGGUCGUCCAAAAUGCUCUAUCGUAUUGCCAUACAUUUUGGUCAAAUUGAAUAUCUGAAAACAGCGGCAACAACAACAACAACCAGUAGCAGCAGCAGUACGACAAACGGUGGUUUGGUUUGGGCAUGUUUCCAAGUCAAACAUCAUCAUGACCAUCAUCAUCGAAUUCAGAAACCAAAAUCAUCUUGGCAAACGAAAAUCCGAACACCGCAAAUCUAUUGCCGAACAAAAUCGCAACCAUUUCAAACCAGUAAUAACGAUGACUAUAACCCGGUUAAUUUACCCACAUUCGAUGAGUCGUUUGUUUUUUUCGGUAAUUAUGAUCUGACCGAAUCAGGCUGUUUGUCGUUAAUGAUGGCUGAUGAUAAUGAUUUGCAGUCAAAUCAAACGAUGAUGAUAUUCAAAUGUCCAUUGAGGGAUUAUCUACAACAGCCAUCGGUGAAUCAAUAUUUCUAUCUGGAGCCUUCCAAGCAUAAUCGUCGUCAAUCAAUGUCUAAUCAUCAAUCAUCAUCAUCAUAUUGCACAUUACAAUUUUCAAUCUGUGUCGAGCCUCUUCUUUGACAACUUUGUUUCAUGCUUUUUUUGAUUGUUUUUUCUUUAAAUUAAAUAAAUUACACACAUUGAUUGAAUUGAAUAUUUAGUAA